UCUUAACAUAAACGACAAGGCAGGGCUUUAAACAAAUUCAUUCCAACCUAACCGCCAUACUUUUAAUGCACUGAGUGAUGUUAAAGUUGUUCAGUUUACGUAGAGUCAGCGUGCGGGGAGGCUAUGCCACAUGGUCAAAAACCAAAGCAAUGAAGGAAAAAAAGAAGAAGACUGAAGACUCUGGCGGUGUCUCAGAGCUGAACCCCUGGCCCGAGUUCAUUCAAAAGAGGAUUACCCUAUGGGACAAGUACAAAGUGCAAUACACCGAGGAAUUGGCCAAGAAGCCUGAUGUCAGUAUUGUUGUUACGCUGCCAGACGGGAAGACUGUUGAGGCUAAAGCGUGGAGGACUACGCCUUAUGAUGUGGCCAAGGGAAUCAGCCAAGGCCUGGCCGACUCCACCAUCAUAGCUCGAGUGAACAACGAGCUUUGGGACCUGGACAGACCGCUGGAAGGUGAUUGCAAGCUGGAGCUGCUCCGCUGGGACAACACUGAUGCCCAGGCUGUGUUCUGGCACUCUUCGGCGCAUAUGCUGGGAGAGGCUAUGGAGCGGGUAUAUGGUGGGUGCUUGUGCUACGGACCGCCCAUUGAAGAAGGAUUCUACUAUGACAUGUACUAUCCCGAGAAAGGAAUCUCAUCCACAGACUUCCAUGUGCUGGAAGGUCUGGUAAAGAAGAUAGCCAAGGAGAAGCAGCCGUUCGAACGCCUGGAGUUGACCAAGGAACAACUGCUGGAGAUGUUCGACUAUAACCCGUUCAAAGUGCGGAUUCUUAAUGAGAAGGUGAACACACCUACCACCACUGUGUACCGCUGCGGACCGCUCAUCGACUUGUGCAGGGGACCGCACGUCAGACACACGGGCAAGGUCAAGGCCGUCAAGGUCACCAAGAACUCAGCAACGUACUGGGAAGGCAAAGCCGACGCGGAAAGCCUCCAGCGUAUCUACGGAGUAUCCUUUCCGGAGCCCAAACAGCUCAAGGAGUGGGAGACGAUUCAGGAAGAGGCUGCUAAGAGGGACCACAGGAAAAUUGGCAGGGAGCAAGAGUUGUAUUUCUUCCACGAGCUAUCGCCUGGCUCCUGUUUCUUCCAACCCCGCGGCGCGCACAUUUAUAACACGCUAGUCAACUUCAUUCGCGAACAGUACAGGAUCCGAGGAUUCCAAGAAGUAGUAACUCCGAACAUCUACAACGCGAAGCUGUGGCAGACAUCCGGUCACUGGGCUCACUACGCAGAGAAUAUGUUCUCCUUCGAUGUCGAGAAGGAAACCUUCGCUUUGAAACCCAUGAACUGUCCGGGACAUUGUUUGAUGUUCGACAACCGCACCCGGUCGUGGCGCGAGCUGCCACUCCGUAUGGCGGAUUUCGGUGUUCUGCACCGCAACGAGCUCAGUGGCGCCCUCACUGGCCUAACUCGAGUCAGGCGGUUCCAGCAAGAUGACGCGCAUAUAUUCUGCGCUCAACAACACAUUGAAAAGGAGAUGGUGGGUUGCCUAGAGUUCCUAGAAGCCGUGUACUCGACUUUUGGGUUCACGUUCCAACUGAAGCUAUCCACUCGCCCGGAGAAGUAUCUCGGGGAGCUCGCCGCUUGGAACGAGGCUGAAAAGGCGUUAGAAGACUCUUUAAACAAAUUUGGCAAGCCGUGGCAACUGAACCCGGGCGAUGGCGCGUUCUACGGGCCCAAGAUCGACAUCACCAUCCAGGACGCCUUGCGAAGGUCACACCAAUGUGCGACCAUACAACUGGACUUCCAGCUGCCGGAGAGAUUCAACCUCAGCUAUGUCAGUGAGAGCGGCGAAAAAAAACGGCCGGUCAUCAUUCAUCGCGCGAUCCUCGGCUCAGUCGAGCGAAUGAUCGCCAUCCUGAGCGAGUCAUACGCUGGCAAAUGGCCUUUCUGGCUCAGUCCACGGCAAGUCUGCAUCGUUCCUGUCGGUCCUGCGUUCGAUGACUACGCUAUCAAGGUGAACGAUCAACUAUACGCGGCCGGUUUCAUGUCGGAAGCUGACACGGACGCUGGUGACACGCUCAACAAGAAAGUGCGGAACGCUCAGCUCGCCCAGUUCAAUUACAUCCUAGUGGUGGGUGAACGCGAGAAAUCCUCAGGCACGGUGAACGUGCGCACUCGAGACAACAAAGUCCACGGAGAGAUGUCUAUAGAGGCUCUUAUCGAACACUUCAACACGCUCGUCAAAGAGAAGACUUUGGCUGAAGACAGUCAGCUGCUCAAGUAGUAUACCUAUUCGACUUUUGAACGCCGAGAAUAGCUUAACCUUUAAGAUGCAUAUGAUAUCAGAAUCGUAACUAUCGAGAUCAGGGUUUCGAGGAUGUAUAUCAAUGGAUAUAUAUCACGAUAUAUAUCCGAUAUAUAUCGGAUAUAUAUCCAGCGGGGUUCGACGAUAUAUAUCAAUGGAUAUAAAUAUCCGAUAAACAUAAUUUUUUUAUAAAUAUUGCAAUACAAAAAUGGUUUAAAAAAAAUGUUACAUUGUUAAAAAUAUAGUUUUUUUUUGUUUGUUACUGUUUUUCUGCUAAAUGUUAUGAUUUUUAGUAGAAUUUUCCUUAUCUUAAGUUGUAUUCAUAAAUAGUGCAACAAAAUAAUAAUAUGCCUUCCAUACAAAAUGGAUAUAUAUCGAAGUUGAUAUAUAUCCGAUAUAUAUCAUAAAUAUCCGAUAUUUUGAUAUUUAUUAUAAAUAUCGGAUAUUUUCGAACCCUGAUCGAAAUUAUACAACCAGACACGAGAUUGACGUCAAUAUGAGACUAUCAUACAGUGAUGAUGAUGAUUUUAUCCGGUUGUCCCUCAUCAGGGGCAUAGGGCUCUUAGGAAGAAUUUCCACUGUUCCCGGCCCUCGGCGGCCUCCUCCAGGCGCGCUGACCAGCCUCCUGCCGACCGCGCGCCUGCAGGUAGUCCGCGACCUCUCCCCCUUCAUCCGUGAAUAUUCCAACUCAACCCUUGCUUGGACAGGUGGUUUGGCCUUCGUAAGACAUGUCCUAUCCAGCGCCAUUUCCGACUAUCAUACAGUAUGCUUGUUUAAAAUUGAUGUGGAUUUCAAUUCUUAUUGUCAUUUUGCAAGAGAAGCCUAAGUGAUACCAAUCAUUUAAGGGAGUGGUGUAAAGGUUAAGACGGCAUAGAAGCAUAUAAUAAAGAAUAGUGCUACCGUACGGAAAGAACACUACAAAAACCUACAUUCUUUUCUUGGAUAAUUGAUAUUACUUAGAAAAAAUCAUAUGGAUGUAUCAAACGCAGAGGGCACUCUUAUAUUUAUCGCCAGUGUCCGAGAUGUGGCAAGGAGCUACAUUCCCAGUUGGAUGAAGUUUCAAUUCAGUGUCUCGUCGCUAAAAUCGCGCCGGUAAAACUAUUAAAAUGUUAUAUCUAAGACAAAAAAUAAAAUUAUUUUUUGGGGGCUGGUAUGAAUUUACGGCAUUCACUCUUUAAUUAACUUUUUUGUGAUUCGAUUAGAAUAAGUUUCUUGUAUUUUAAUGUAGUAAUUUAUUUAGCGUGUCUCUUUCUUCAAAGGCUUAGUUUAAACGGCCAAUGAGUGCAUUUGUUGCAUUUAAUUUUUUAAGUAUCGUUCAACAUUUGGUAAAAUUAUAUUAUCUGAAGGUAAACAAACAUGUUGCAAUACAGGGUGAUUUUGUAAGUACGAGACAAACUUUGCAUAGUGACUUAAAAAAAAAUCGGCUAUUCCAUAGAAAUGAGCCGCGUCACGUCAGUCAAAAUCUGUGGGCCUAGUGAAAAAGGGUAUUUGACUCGGUGAAAAGGGUCACAAGUCCGAGGUGGGACUUGUGCCCUUUUUCACCGAGUCAAUUCGAGUUAUACCCUUUUUCACUAGGCCCACAGAAAUGUACUGCCAUUUUUCUUUCGCGAUUUCGGCAUUCCUCCCAUACUAAACGUUGUUCAUUAUGACCUCAAAUGUAAAGCAAAGUUUGGUGGCUAAUACUUAGGUACUUACGAAAUAAAUCUGUAUAGACUUCUCAACAAAGUUUAUAUAUAAACUACAUUAGAUUGGCAGUAUAAAAAAAAUACGAUAUUAAUAUAUGGUGUUUCCAGUUACAUUUCUAAGCUAUGGUUGGUUAAUAAAAAUGCUUUUAUUUAUAAA